AUGUCGCGACGUUACGAUUCCAAGACCACAACCUUCUCCCAGGAGGGUCGGCUCUACCAGGUCGAGUACGCUCUCGAAGCGAUCAACAACGCUAACCUAACGGUUGGCGUGCUAUGCGAUCAAGGAGUUGUGCUUGUCGCCGACAAACCACUCACCACGCAGCUCCUGGACCCGGGGAAGAUUAAUGAAAAACUGUACAAGCUGGAUGCGCACAUGUUCUGCGCCGUUGCCGGUCUGACAGCGGACGCCACCGUGCUCAUCAACGUGUGCAAGUUAUACGCACAGAGGCAUCGUUAUAGAUUUGGACAGCCUCAGAAUGUUGAACAGCACGUCGUAGAAAUCUGUGACCUCAAGCAAAGCUACACGCAAUAUGGUGGACUCAGGCCGUUCGGAGUCAGCUUCCUCUUCGCCGGAUGGGACUCGCAUCUGGGGUUCCAGCUAUACCACACGGACCCGUCGGGUAACUACGCUGGCUGGAAGGCGACGGCCAUUGGCCGCAACAGCCAGCCGGCGCAAACGCUGCUGCGCCAGGAGUGGAAGGAGGGACUUAGCCUGGACGACGCACUCUAUUUGGCUAUCAAGGUACUAACGAAGGCAAUGGAUUCAACUGUCCAGAAGGCUGACAAAAUCGAGGUCGGAAUACUCUGGAAAGGCCCAUCUGGUGACUCCGAACCCACAGUGGAGAUGGUCAGUGAAGACCGCGUCGCCGGAAUUCUCUCCAAAAUAGCCGAGGACGUGGCUGCAAAAACGACCGACUCUGCGAUUUCCGCGUGA